CAGCUCAGCUCCAAGUGAAUCGAGCUCGCGCGAACCGAUCGAACAUGGAGUCGUCGGGCGACACGGCGCCGUUGCACUCCUCACCGACCCCGACGUCGCCGCCGGCAAUGGCGACGGGGGCGGCGGUGGUGAUGAGCCCGUGCGCGGCGUGCAAGAUCCUCCGCCGCCGGUGCGUGGACCGCUGCGUGCUGGCGCCCUACUUCCCACCCACGGACCCCCACAAGUUCGCCACCGCGCACCGCGUCUUCGGCGCCAGCAACAUCAUCAAGCUCCUGCAGGACCUGCCCGAGGAGCAGCGCGCGGACGCGGUGAGCAGCAUGGUGUACGAGGCGGCGGCGCGCGCGCGGGACCCCGUCUACGGCAGCGCCGGCGCCAUCUGCCAGCUCCAGAGGCAGGUCGACGGCCUCAAGGCGCAGCUCGCGCGCGCGCAGGCGGAGCUCGCGGCCGCCCGCGCCCACCACGCGCACCUCGUCGCGCUGCUCUGCGUCGAGGUGGCCACCGCCGCCGCCACGCCUCCGCAGGACGCCUACUGCACCGGCGGAGGCGGAUCACAGACCCAGCUCGCCGCACCGCCUGGUGUAGGCUCCGCGCACGCGGACGCGCUUUAUGUCGUCGACGGCGGCGCGGCGGGCGGCGGCGGCAUCAUGCAGGCCGGGCACGUCGGCUGGGCCGACGAGCCGCUCUGGACAUAAGCGCGCGCAAGCUGGCGCGCACUGGAUGAUGCACUCGUCACUCAACUGGCCAACUGCUACUACGUACGCAUGAUUCGUGUGUAAUUACUAGUGCUACAUUUUACUUAACUGGGUUAACCAAAGGGUUGACCUGCUUGAUGAAUUUGUUGGAGUUUCAAGAUGGAGGAAGAUCGAGUUUGUGUUGUUUUGUUGCAAAAAUACUACUAGUACAUAGAAUAAAAAAUUCCGUCAUGUUGAAGUUCCAACAAGUUCUGAGAAGUCCUAAUCGAGACGGAAACUUGUAUCCUUGCCUUCUUCUGCAGUUGUGAAGAAGGAUGUGGUUGGUUCUCUUGUGUGUUGUUAGGUCAAAUUGCAUUUCUAUCAUGAACAAAUGCAUGUCAUUUUCAAGAAGAGUAUAUUUAGUUCUCUACAACUCCAUGUAAUAGUGAUUGUCCAUUUCACUAUGAAUUAGAGAAAUUAACUUAGCGUGAAUGGGAAAUUCUUUGUUUUGUCUAA